CCCUCGUACACGCUUGUGCGGCGGCGGGCGGCAGAGGCUGCGGCGCCGAUGCUUUGGCGCGUGCUCCCCAGCGAGAAGCGAGCGUACAGCCGAGAGGGACAGCCGCCGGCGGUGACGGGCGCCGGCACGCCACGGCGCGACUCGCCGGCUACGGAACGCUACGAGGACGACGACAACGACGCCGCCGGACACGACGUCAAGCCGGCGACCGGUUCAUCUCCUCUGCUCUCUGCGCUCGGUGCGCUUUCGGCAUGUUCCUCCACUGACGACGAGCAGAUGAGAGCCACCUGAUAUACAACCCGUCCCCGACCGCAAGCCCACCCCCUCCCAUCCAUCGGCUCUACGUUUUUUUUUUCCACCUUUUGUUAUACGUCUAUACGUUCACAUCCGCCGGUUCUCGCUUUACUGAAUUCCUUCUUUCUUUUCUUAAUUUUUUUUUGUCACUGCCUCCGAAAGUUCUGCGAACAGCCUCGGCUGCGUGCACUGAUUCCACUGACCGGAAACUGUCUCCCUAUCGGACGGUGCCAAGCGCUUUCAUUCGCGGCGAAAGCUCGGCGUGUUUCGAGGAUUCUUUUGCUGGCUCUAUGAAAACUGCGAGGGAUGCCGGUCGACGUCGGGUCUGUGGUGCACGAUAAGGACGCGAGAAGCUGCGUCAGACGUGCAGUGCGAGUGUUCGUGAGCGCGCGCGUUUGCUGAUGCCUUCCGAUGCCUGAGACGUAUACUUGACUGCACUCGCGGAAGACUAAGAAAAAAAAUUACAGCGUGGUGUAGUUGCCAAGAACCUUAGUCCCUACGGAGUUUACACCCCUCGUAUGAUCCCUCCUUCGUGUAAAGCUGUGUAUAGUGUCAUUACAAAGAAGAGUUAUAAAGAAAGCCAUGCCGCAGCAAGUACUCAGACAUCGUUGAAGAAAUGGAAGUGUUAAACGUUGAAAAUUAAAUUAAGAGUGCUUAUGAGUGCUUGAUUAGGUCACGUCGUGCUCGAGUCAUUUCGCUAGCGGGACAGUGCUCUAUAUCUGUGACAACGAGAACCUGGCGCACAGAAUAUAAAACGACAAGGCGCAAGCUCAUUUGAAAAAUUUGCCAUUUAACUAAACAAUAUAAAAAAGUGUAGCUUGGCUGUGCGAAAAUUGGCGGUGUGUACGGGUCGGCGAAGCCUGCACAAGAGAACACCUGUGUCUCCGCACCGGUGCGCGAGGCCACUCGGGAUUCCCCGCGCCCACGGAUGCCUGCUCUUCGUCCGGGGCGCGACGCCAGGAGCGUCGCAGUUGCUUCAACAACUGGCUGCCGGUCGCCCCUCUCUUUGUCGCGAUGAGUGAGCCAACAGUCGCGCGCCGUGUGCCGUCGUCCAUUCCCAGAAAGACUCGCGACCCGACCGCGGCGGAGGAGCGCUUCGACGCCGUUUCCAACCUCGGCUGCCCCCCCUCUCCACGUUGCACGUCCGGGACCGUCGUCUUAGGCUUCCCCCGCUGAAUCCCGGCCUGCCGCGCCGACGAGGCCGCAGGAGACCAUGGAUCGGUGUCGCGUCUCACGCGGCUGACGUGUGUUCCCCCCGUACAAACCCCCGGCAUGAUCGCGUGCGUCCUUCCUCGCCGUUCUCGCCUAGUGAUGCCGUUCUCCCAGCGACCCGCAUCGCGGCGACGACGAACCGACAGCGGCGACUGCCGCAUAACGUGGUCGUCGAACUCGUCGAGACCUCCGUUUGCGGCCACCCUGAGUAGGCUGACGCUUGUGUGGAUUGCGACGUGCUCCUUGCUGCCAGAGACCGUCGCCCUACCGCCCGUCAUCAGAGUCGGAGGCCUGUUCGACAAUGCGGACGACGAGCAGGAGUUCGCCUUCCGCGUCACCAUCGAGCGCAUCAACAACGACAACGGCGUUCUGCUGCGCUCGCGGCUUGUGCCGCGCAUCGAGCGCCUCGACAAGGACGACAGCUUCCGGGCUACCAAGAAAGUGUGCAGCUUGCUGGGCACGGGCAUCGCGGGCAUCUUCGGGCCGUCGUCGGACGUGACCAGCAUGCACGUGCAGUCCAUCUGCGACGCGCUGGACGUGCCCCACAUCGAGAUGCGCUGGGACUUCCAGCUGCAGCGGGACGACCUCUCCAUCAACCUUUUCCCCAAGCCCGCGGUGCUGGCCAAGGCGUACGUAGACCUCAUCAAGACAUGGGGCUGGAACAGGUUCGCCCUCGUCUACGAGGACCACGAAGGUAUCAUAAGGCUUCAGGAUUUUCUGAAAGAGGCCCGGGGCAACGAUUGGCACAUCCAGAUGUACCAGUUUCACUCUGGUCAGCCGUACCGGGACCUUUUCUGGAAGAUCAAGAAGACAAAAGAAACACGGGUUGUACUGGACGUCAAGAGGGAAAACCUUUUCACUGCCCUGAAACACGCGCAGCAAGUUGGCAUGCUCACCGAAAGCCACAGUUACCUGAUUACAUCGCUGGACCUGCACACGGUGGACUUGGAGGAAUUCAAGUACGGCCAGACCAAGAUCACUGGCUACCGACUCGUGGACGUGGACAGUCCUGAGCUGCAGGGAUUCCUCAAGGACUGGGAGAUCAUGUCCUCCCGGAUGGACCGCAAGGCACCAGUCCCCCAGAGCAUUCGGACGGAGACGGCACUGAUGUAUGACGCUGUGAAGCUGUUUGCCAUGGGUUUGCACCAGCUGGACUUGUCCAAGGCAGUAGACUUCCCGGUGAUCUCAUGCGACAUGGCCGUCUCAUCGUCCGAUGGGAGCAGCCUCAUCAACCUCAUGAAGCCCAUCACCCUUCAGGGGCUGACCGGAGAGAUCAGCUUUGACCCACAAGGAUUUCGGUCGUCCUUCAGCCUGGACAUUAUGGCCUUGAGGAGUGAUGGGUUGCAGAAGGUGGGGCACUGGACACCUAGAGACAACGUGACCGUAGAAGACAACGUAACGUCUGACUACGAUUCCCUUCUUAUCAAAGACAAGACCUUGAUUGUGACCACAGUUCUCACUGAUCCGUACAUGAUGCUCAAGGAGUCGGCGGCAGACCUGCAAGGCAACGAUCGCUUCGAAGGCUACUGUGUAGACCUCCUGAAGGAGCUGUCUAAGCAGUUGAACUUCAAGUACGAGAUCCGGCUGGUCAAGGACAGGGCUUACGGCAUUCAGAACGCCAGUGGAGACUGGAACGGAAUGAUUGGAGAGAUUGUCAACGGUAAAGCGGAUUUGGCCAUCGCCGACCUGACGAUUACAUCGAAGCGAGAGGUGGCCGUGGACUUCACGAUGCCGUUCAUGAACACGGGCAUCAGCAUUCUCUUCAAGAAGCCCACGCAAAAGGUGACGACGCUGUUCAGCUUCCUGUCGCCCUUCAGCAUGGAAGUGUGGGCGUACGUGGUGGGCGCCUACAUCGGCGUCUCGGUGGUGCUCUUCCUGGUGGGCCGCCUGAGCCCCUACGAGUGGGACAACCCGCACCCGUGUCGCCAGAACGACCAGGUCCUCGAGAACAGCUUCAGCCUGCUCAACUCGCUGUGGUUCACCAUCGGCUCGCUCAUGCAGCAAGGCUCGGACCUGGCGCCAAAAGCCAUGUCAACGAGAACAGUGGCUGGCAUCUGGUACUUCUUCACGCUGAUCAUGAUAUCCUCCUACACGGCCAACCUGGCCGCCUUCCUCACCGUCGAGAAGACUGUUUAUCCUAUUGAAAACGCCGAGGACUUGGCGAAACAGUCGAAGAUAAAAUAUGGCUGCCUCCGCUCUGGCAGCACACGGACCUUCUUCAACGAAUCUAAGAUUCCCACAUACAAGAGGAUGCACAAGUACAUGCUGGACAAUGAGCAGGACGUGUACAUGGAGUCGUCCAGCGACGGCGUGAACCGCGUCAAGGCGGGAGACUACGCUUUUCUCAUGGAAUCCGCUUCCAUCGAGUACAUCAUUGAGCGAGACUGCAAUCUUACUCAAAUUGGUGGUCUCCUAGACAACAAAGGAUAUGGCAUUGUCACCAAAAAAAAAUCACCGUACCGGCAGAUCUUGUCUAGCGGCAUCUUGAAGCUGCAAGAAGCGGGCAAGCUGCACAGCUUCAAAGAGAAGUGGUGGAAGGAGCGCAAGGGCGGCGGCAAGUGCGUCGACGACUCCAAGAAGUCGUCGGCCGUCACCGAGCUCAGCCUGGCCAACGUGGGCGGAGUGUUUGUCGUCCUGCUCGGCGGUCUCGGCCUCGCCUCCAUCGUGGCCGUCAUGGAGUUCUUCUUCAAGGCCAAGAAGAUGGCCAAGGAGGACUCGGUCUCCCUGUGCAAGGAGAUGAUGAAGCAGCUCAAGUUCGCCAUAUCGUGCCGCAGUUCCACGAUGCCCGUGAAAAGCAACAAGCCGCCCGAAGUGGACAGCAACGGCGGAGACUACCGCAUCUCCACGCUGCCGUCAUUCACGUCGGACUUUUGAGCGCGCGUGUGUCCCAGUGGACGACCGCGGGCGGCGACGGUGAUAUGACAUUAUGCCUACAGGACUCUUAUAUGCCCGUCACUACCACUCCUUUCCCAUGUCUCGCCCUAUCUCUGUCCCCCAACCCAUCCACUCUCACCUCCACAUUGAACACACUCCGCGGACGUUAUCAUUUUAGCGAUCUUCUUGCCAUGGUGUGUGUGCCGUCUCGUCCGUGUACCUACGGUUUCUUCUGCAGUCUUCUGUUUCAUCUAGACAAUUGACAUGCGAGUGCUUUUCUUCGAUCCCGUUCUGAUUUCGCUAGACGACUGACAUGCCAGUGCUUUUCUUUGACCACGCUCUGAUUUCGCGGUCAUUGUUAGAUACCGCAUGUCCGCGUUUACGUCCUUAUUUUAGCAACGUGUAUUCCUUUAUUUUUUUUCUCGUCAACAAAUUUAUUUUCUUUGUUUACGUCGCAUAACUUUAGACCUGUAAGCAAGAGUAAGGUUCACACGAUUGUGGACACUUUAAAUGAUCAACGGUGGGCGCAGAGAGAAUGUAGGUGGAGCGAACGUGUUGACAAGGGACUUGUCAUUGUCCGCACCCUGACGUCAGGAAUAUCACGCAGCGUAGCGCUUUUGCACUGCACAUUUGCGUAGCUUCCUGAAUGCGUCAGAACUGCGUCGGGGCCCUGAUGCACUCCUGACAUCACGUCCCCUGACGAAGACUACAGUCCCCUUCCCAAAAUGUUUGUUUCAGAUAUAUUCCCUCUUCGACCACGGUUAAGAACGUUGGACUUCUCUAUCUGUAAGUAUGCUGAAACAGCCAAAAAGAUUCGUCAAACAAACUGCACUAGACGCAGCCGCUCCCUACUAUGAGGGUUACUUGCCGAUGACUGCCUGUGAGAGGCAUUUCGUUAUUCGGUCAUGCUGUACAUCUGUAUCUCGUCUGUACGUGCCUGUGUAGUCAGCUGGUAACGACUCACAAGGCAGCAAGAGCGCUAUGCUGACCUAUAGGAAUCGGAGAACAUUGACUAGAAUCAGGAACCUUCCACUGAGAGGUCGCAUAACUAACUCCUGGUGUGUUCAACAGAUUGUGAUGACAGCACGUACCGGCGACAGAAAGCACACACCGGCGGCAUCUAGCACUCUUUCGUUCGUAAAACCGCCGAGCGUACUGUCAACCUUUCACUCGCUAUCUAUUUCACAAAAAUGUAUUGUAAAAUUUUCUAAAAUUGUUUUUCUCACCACAUUUUCACGCACAUUGUCAUUUCUCAAGAAAAAUGUUUUGCGAGUACGAUUUGUAUUUCGCAUUCGCUCUGCAAAGCAGUGAAUAGGGCUUAUCCCGAACAUCAGGCUUUCCAUAAACAGAAGUUAAAGUCCCUAAUUAUGUUUCAAUAUAUAACACUGAACAAAAGAAAAGCUAGUGUAAAAAUCAUGAGAGAGAUAAUGGGUACCAGCACAUAACCACGUGAGCGAAUCCGGCGAAAACUGCAGCUCGACGAGUAGGGCCGUUUGUUUUUUUUUCGUUCUUUCUUCUCUUUUUGGUUUUCGUAAGAAGUGAUAAAUCUAGUUGAACCGCGCGCUCCUGGGAGUUAGAUAGCUUAAGCAAUGAUAGUGGCAGUGCGAGGUUUGUCUGGAGAGUUUCUGCGAUAUCGCCCUCUUAUUUAUUUGUUGUAUAGUGUACCCGCAUAUUUAAUACGUUGUCGCCUACAGCAUGCAUGCACGUUCCCAUUCCCCAACAUUGUUCGAAACAGUAUGUGAGCCUUCGGCACGUUUCUACGGGCGUAAGCACGCGGUGCACGCAUCACCACCGCCUAAUACGAGGAGUACCUCAAAGUACACAGAACAGGAACGACUGCGAGAGGUGAAAAAAAAAAUAAUAAUGCUCUUCUAGGAGGUCGACAGUCACACACUUUACUUACUACCUGCUCAUUUGUUAAGCUGCGUCGUUUCAGCAGCUGUCUGCAGUCGUUGGGACGCGUUUCACACAUGUUACUCAAUGUUACGCGAACAUGUGAGUGUAUGCAGAUUGUGUGCGAGUGAAAAAAAAGUCGUGCAUGCGAGUGUUUUGCAAAUGAGAGCCUGUUUGUUCGUCAUGUUCGUGACUUGAUGUUGUAAUUAUAGGCGGGCGGAAACGAAACCGAAGUUGGGGGCGUGACUGAUCCAGCCAAAGUUAUCGUUUCGUGCCACAGGUUACUGAAAUUUCGGUGCUGGUCGUACUUAUAUCGCGCUUUCGCAAGGACAGGGGCUACCGUACGUAUAGCUUUAGUUUAGUGUCAUCAACCUUUAAGCGGUGCUGUAGCUAGAAGUGAAGACUAGUUAGCACACCAGUUCCAUCACUUAGGCUGCGUGGUGCGCGUUGCUCUUCUGUUUAGUUGGCACUCGAGUUGGCCGUAUUUGGCACAACUAUACUAUCAGCGCUCAGGGUAACGUAUCAGUAAAGAAAUGCCUGAAUCUCGGGCAAUCAUCUUUCGGAUAAACACAAGAAAGCGUAUUUCCACUCUAAAUUAUCCUUGUUUCUUUUAGUCUCAGCGAGAAGCAACUGACUUAAUGACGCGCUUUCCUGUUAAUAUAUCCAUUACUAUGACUGCGAAAGUGUAAAACCCGCAUUUCAUAGUUGUUAGCAAAUAUGAACAGUCCCAACAAAACAGUAUAUCAUUUCAUAAGGAAACAUAUGGUUCAAACUAAAACAUGCCGGCGGAAUUGUAACAUUACGAGCAGUUUUUCAAGGCCAUUAAAGGAGCGUUCCCAUCUCUGUAAACGCAAAACACCUUUUUUUUUACGUGCAAAAGUGGUUGUGUCGCUAUAACGACAUUAGUUAGCCUAUAGGUGCAUGCAGCGUAUUUCUCAAAGAUCUCUUAAAACAUUUUUUCUCAGUAACUUGCCACCGAAGGAAACCAAAGUGCAGCAGACGUUGAGAAAUUAGAACUUUCAGCCGUAUAAGCCUCAUGCAACGUUUGCAAAAUGUUUAACAUUUACUUCUAAUUGUUCAUUAGAUAAAUCCGAGUAACAAUUUUCGGAAGUAAUUUUUCAUAACUUUUAUUUCUUGAUAUGGCUUACGCAGCCUUUGCUCAAUUGGAAAACGCCUGUUCCUCCAAUGCAGUGCCGGCAGCACAUUUGAUUUCCUUGUAAAAGCAACACUGUUCCGCGGUCAUCACGGUGAUCCCUUUCGCUGUAUGGUGGCCGUAUAUCCUUCUCUACUGUUAGUGAUUCAUAGCUUUGCCUUCACAGAAAUAUCGAUAUCUUCAGGCGAGGCAAGACGCAGAGAAAGAUGUUACCGCGCCUUUGUCACGUAGUUUAGAAGCUCAGACAGCUCGACAUUAUCUAUAGUUACAUUUACAAGCGGGGUGUACGUGACUAAGUCCAUCACCGUUCAGUUAGCGCGGAGUCUCUUCGGUGCCGUAGCUCCGCAGUUUUGCAACCGCUCUACUCGGAGGCUGAGGGAAAGUGCUCUUGUCUCAUAAUACUCACCGAGUCGUUUAAGCAUGUGUACUCGUUCUUGCUUGGACGCGCAAGCGUCCGCGUUAGAGAUGUUCGUUUGUCAUCACUCGUCGUUUCUGUGACGGACGUCGAAAGGUGCUCAACAUUUGAGCUUCAUGCACAGAUUGUGCUUACUGUACUCCCUUUCUUCUGACGUUAUCCUUUCCUCCUUCCAUUCGCCACGAGCACUAGCGAACAGGGCCUUGACAGCGCUAGUGGCGUUUCCAUGAUCUCAGCGUCGAUGUCGCUGCGCUAGCGCUUCGCUUGUGUUUGAGGCCAAGACGCUUCAGUUUGAGCCGAGACCAACAUCGGAGAGAUGUUAUGCCUUUCCGUUCUUGCCACAAAUAAGACGGUUCGAAGUGAACCGUUCACCUAUAUUAUGUUUCACUGGUAUAUUGUUUUUGGUUGUUGUUGUUAUAAGCUCCUCGCCACACGGGCUCUUUCUCUAUUUAGGUGACUGUAUACUGUUAACUCGAUGGUGGCAAAGCACCAUGGCAGUCUGUAGGCAACGAAUACCAAGUGGUAUGAAAUUAAAACGUCGCGUAAAGUCGCGAUGGUGCAAUUCUCAUUUUUUGUUGCGUCCUUAUUAUUUGAGCCAAGGGCUGUUCCUCGAUAAAUAUGAGCGACCAGCGCGUUUUGGUCGUUUACAUUGAAGGGCAAGGCUCAUGUGCUCGGCGUAUUCUAUAAUGAAGUCUUAAGCGCAUCGCUCGGUCACCUUAGUGGUUUUUGUAGUACUGACUCUUAGAAAUCAGCUGUACGAUAAACGGUUCUCUAAGGCACUCUCUUUCGCUCUUUGUCCCUCUUUCCCACUGUGCGAUAAGGCGGUCAGCGGCACGGCGUUUGGACUUACUUCCUCUUCCCAAGCAGUGCUGCCCCUGGAUGCGCACAUUUUUUACAUAAAAGCGUAGCGGCGUAGAUUCCCGUGUGACGUAUUAAUGUAGCUUAUAGAACAGCGAGAGUUGGCUUCUCCUAACUACUCACUCCUACGCGUCUUGUCUUAUUUUCAUUUUCGCGUCAAGGGCUUGCUACUCACAGCUUCGUCGCCCUAGGGCUCAAUAAAAGGGGUGGAAAGAAAGAAGAAAUAGAAGUAGGAACACGGCAGUUUCUUUUUCCGCAAGCUAACCUCGUUAAGUUACAAGUUAUGACUGUUGUCCCUAUUAAAAUAGAUUCAUGGUUGUACUUGUUGUUUUCGUUAGUGCUCUUUUUUUUUUGCAUCUCGAGAGUCUAUUGCUGUUUGCUGUACUGCGACAUAGCUAGGCGGGUGCCGAACGCAGAACGGUACCUUUAAUCAGCGAAUAAUUUUUUAUUAUUCUUCGUUUUUUUUUUAUUUCUUCAUCGAAUCAUACGGCGCUGCCUCUCCCAGAGCACAGACAGGAAAAGUAAAAACGAUAGGUGAUGCCCAAAUCCACGCGCCAGAGACGGCUUUUCACGGAGUAACAGACAGAAGCCUAUGCUAUUGCGGGUUGUAUGCGCCGGAAGUGAAUUCGGGGCCGGAAGCACGUCACGGACGCCGUGUUCUGGACAUCACCUAUUGAAUUACUCUUAGCAAGAUACUGUUUCUAUCCUCGAAAUCCCGCAUCAUCAGCUCCAUUCAGGAAAAUACCUUCCGCUGCAAUGAAAUCUGGCAUUUUCGAAUAGAGCAGAUAAUCGAGGCGCUCUUUAGCUAUAGAAAAGUAGUAGUCAGCGAUCGUUGACUAUCUCGUAUAAUCUGUAGAACGCAUUAAGCGUUGUCAGUGUUGAUCACUUAAAGAAGAUAGAGCGAGCGUAGCCUUAUGAGGGUGCACGAACAAUACGACCUGAGAUAGAUAGAUAAAAAAUAAACAAAGGAAGAUCUUCGUUGGUACCGCGAGUUCGAAGUUUUUGAUGUAGGUAUAGCUGCUCAUUGUUUGCUCUAAAACAAAGCGCGUCUUUCAGUGAUUUGUGUAGCUUUUUGCCAUCUUGUGUCAAAAUAUGGUUCUUGAAUACGUGUUACAUUAUUUAAGCUGUUUACCGGCUGUUUGAUUGGCAUUCGACGUCGAAAACAACAAGCAAUCAUUGGUUAACCUCGACUCGCGUUUUUGUCAGUGCUGUUGGACAGAAAAAAAAGCGUUCGUGAACUUCACUUGCAACAGUGUUUGUGUGAGUGGAAGCGGUAUCAUUUUGAUACAGUAUUAAAAGUAUUUUACCUAAAUAAAAGUUGCAUACUACAA